CUAUAAAAAAGUCUUAUCAUUUGAUGGUUAUAUAUUGUUAGAUAUUUGCAACAGAAGUUAAAAUAAAAUUAUUAAAUGUUAGAAAUAAGUAGAAAUGGCUUAACUUUGGUUAAAGCAUUGUUAAAGAAUUUUUUUUAUAAAACUGUUGGUACCAAAAAAUGUGCAUUUCUUGAAAUACUUAAAUAUUCGCAAAUCUAUAACACUGUAACAAAAUAUGUUUAAAAGCAGAAAUGAGUGUCAUGGUGUGUAUAAAUGCACUGUUCGGCUCCUUAACGACUCGGAUAUUCUAGAAUGUGAAUUUCAACCGUAUCAUAAAGGAGUUUACAUAAUUGACAAGUUAUGUAAGCAAUUAAAUAUAAAGGAAAAGGAUUACUUUGGAUUGCGAUAUGUUGAUUCAUCAAUGCAAAGACACUGGCUUGAUUUAGCGAAAUCUAUACUUAAACAAUGCAAAGAUUUGGACCCAAUUUUAUUCUCAUUACGUGUUAAAUUCUACCCUGCUGAUCCAUUUCGAUUGACUGGCUCAGGACGUAUCAUGCUGUAUCAACAGCUUAAGAGAGAUUUACGCCAUGGUCGUUUAUAUUGCUCUCUAGGGGAAGCAGCAGCACUGGGAUCCUUGAUUGUUCAAGAAGAGCUCGGAGAUUACAAUGAAGAUAUACAUAAAGGUGAUUAUGUUUCUUCAAUAGAACUAACUUUGCGACAGACAGACAACCUUGAAAAGAAAAUCACAGAGCUUCACAAAAAACGUGCAGCUGGUCACGAUUCAUCUGCUGCUGCGGAGGAAUUUAUGGGUAUUGCACGUUGUCUCGAAACUUAUGGAAUUGAACCUCAUCCAGUAAAGGAUCAUCGUGGUUCACAUCUUUAUAUUGGAAUAAAUCAUUCUGGAAUUAGUUCGUAUGUUGCCGGCAAGCGCUCACAACAUUUUCGUUGGAAUGAAGUACAUAAAAUAAACUUUGAGGGCAAAAUGUUUAUUACACAUCUCAGCUAUACAGACGUGAGUCGCGAACCGAAAAAACACACAAUCGGAUUCAAAUGCCCUUCAAGUGCUGCUUGCCGCUAUCUAUGGAGAUGUGCUAUUGAGCAAAUGCUAUUUUUUACAUUGCCUAAGAGUCAGGACGCUGCUGUAGUCACUGGGGGUGGAUUCUUCUCAUGGGGUACAAAAUUUCGAUAUUCUGGUAGAACAGAGCGUGAGAUACUAACUGAUAGUAUAAAUGCGCUGCGUGAGCAAAAGCUUACAAGAUCCACUACAAGCAAGCCCAAAUCCAGCAGUGUUCCAGCAACACCUUCGAGUCCCCAAAGUCAAUUAGCUCAAAUACGCUAUUGCAGCUUACCGCGCUCAACAUUGUCUGAACCAUUAGGCUACUCUUGGACGCUGAAUUCUGCACGCUUUGGAGAACAGAUUCAAGAAUCAUGCGAAGCAAAAGGAGGCUUUUCAACAUCUAGUCUUGAACCAGUGUGCGAGGAAACGCGGUUACACUUAUCCAACAUAGAGAUUCUUAAUCUUACUCCAAUACAAAAGUUAGGUUAUAAAUAUCGGGACCGCUCCAACAGCUCAUCUAAUGAAAGCGGACUUACAGUAAAUUUAUGUACUCAGAAGCUUGAUCACCAUACCGCUACAACGGAACAACAUCAGUGUUUCAACGAAUUUUCUAAUAUUAAUUGUAUUUCUAGUACGACAAUGGUGAACAGUUUUCAAAACGCACAUCCAGUUGCCAUCGUCAAAACUGCCAAAACAUUACGAGAAUUUCGCCUGUUGCACGCAUUUAUACCAUCAUUUAUUUUUGUGGCAGUUGCGAUGGCCGGAGCAGCUGUAUAUGUAAUGGAAUCAGAACAUGAAUUGUUUGAGAAAGUUCGAAAUAGUCCAGAAAUGCUAAGCCUACGUUUUCAGUAUUAUGAACCUUUGAAGUUUUAUUUUUUUAAUCAAUUUGGACGCCAAAAUUAAGAUAAUACUGAUUUAAAAUUAAAUGGUUUUAAAAGA